UGCGAACGUGUGUUUCAUAACCGUAUAAUGUUACACUUAUACGGUGCAGAUUCGCUGGACUUGAAUAAGUACAUGUUUAUAAACUACAAGAUAAAAGAUGGCUAAGAAAACGAGUUUUACAGAAGUAAACCCUUUGGAAAAUGCUUCUUACGCUGAGCUUGACGAAAUUACCCGAUGUGUUCAUUUCGAUGACUUCAAAGACGCCGUUCGUGAGGAACUACUCGAGCCUCAACCUCUCCGGAACAGUCACAAGCCGCUUCGUCGGAAGGUGCUGUGGUUCGCUCCAUCGCUUCCUAUCUCCAAGCACAAUUUCUACGGCAAUGUCAGCUUCACCAUCAAAUGGGAGACUGUGCUACAGAAACUCGGUCCUAACCUCUACCUUAUUGACCAGUCCGUUUAUAAGGAAAGAAGUUACACUCGGGUCGUGUUGACUAAGCAUAAUUAUGACGGAGUGCUAACGAGAGUUAACUUGGAUGCCGAUGGUUCACCCAUGAAAAAAUCUUGGUUUGGUUUCCAUCACGCUUCACGCUGCGACGGCAGAGUCAGCUCUGGCCCUCACGAACUGCAAAUAGCGAUCGAAGCGGACCAGGCCGAUGCAAAGUGGCUUUACUCGGAGUGUAAAGUGGCUGCCAACAAUCAUUCAGAGGCAAAUUCUCAUUCUAGACAUCACAAGAGGUUUGAUGGUAAAGACACAAAUUUCGAAUCAUUCAAAUGCUACAAGUUCAAUACUGCGCGUAAUUGUGAAUGUCCCUUCGAGUGGACGCUUGAUGAGUGUGAAGAGAACAUCGAGAAGAUUUUUGAGGCCAAUGGAGCAUCGACCAGCCGUGCCGGGAUGGCUCAGCGUACGGCUCGGCGGUCCGAGAUUUCGGAUGGUGCGAUUUUGUUGGGAGUAGCGGCGGCCGCAACGGCUUUGUUCGCCGCUUGGAGGAGUUACUCCAAAGAUUCUAAAUGAACGAUAAGUCGAAAAAUAUCUUUGUGAUCAGAAGUAUUGUUACUUUGAUUUGCAUGGAAUUUUUUUAUCAUGAGGACUCGAGAGAUGUAAACUAUUUAAUCGAAGUAGCCACAAACUUUUCAUUUAUAAACUAAUGAUAGCAUUAAUUUUAAAUCAUAUUCGUUUCGUUUGAAGUUCACAGGAAACCGAUUAUUUUACUCCCAUCUCCAAAACUUCGUGACUCGUAGCUGAUGCCCCGAGCGCUGUUUGCCUAUAAGAAAGAAGCAUCAAAUUCGGAUAGCCUUGUGUCUUUCUCUCUUGUAUGAUGUAACAGAAACAACUAGUAUUGAUUGUAAUUGAACACUGUCAUGUUGAUCUCCUGGAGCUAAAAUGCAACAUUUUUUUGUGUGAACUUGCCUGGAUUGUCGUAGGUAAUUUUCAUGAAGUAAUAGCGGACAUAGGUUUGAUUUAUUUAAACGUUUUCCUUUGCGAAGAUUCAGUGUUUGUUCAAUAAAUUCACGAUUGUUUACUAAUAGUUUUCGAUAACGAAAUGAUUUUUAGGGUCGACUGGAAUGUUUGUUUCAAUCACAAAAUUAAGUUGGUAGUCAAUACAAAUGAUAUUGUUUUACAAAAUUAUUUCUAUACAUCAAUCAGUUGCUCUGAUGAGGUGAGCAAUAACUAUAGGUGCAUGGGAUUUGAUAGUCUAUGUGCUUACAUCAGCUUGGUUUUCAAGUCUCCUGUUUUGAGAGUUAUAAAAAGUCAACUCUGAUAUGUAUGAAGUUGUAUUAACCACCGCUCGCGUCAUCAUAGUUACGUAUCUGGCCUGGGUGGAGCAUAAAGAUUGAUGCAGUGCCACUGUAUUAUCUGGCACGAUUGCUUCUUUGUGGACGAAAAAACAUUGCAACAUCCAUUGUGAAUUAUUAUUUCUUUUGAUGUGUAUCUCUUUAUUAUUUCUUUUGAUGUGUAUCUCUUUUGUAUAUCUUCUCUUUUUUCAGCUGUGUAUCCGGAAUGUAUUACUUGCAACAUGUAUGAAUAUUAUUAUUUUUUUGGGGGGGGGUAGAGGAAUUCUGUUAAAAAAACACGUGGCGCUUGUUGCUUUCAUGAAAUGUGCUUUUAAUUGAGGUGUUAUCAUUAAUAUUUUCAUUAAAAGUAGAGGUUUCGUUUCUUUUAUUUAAGUAACAUCUUUUAGUUUGGAAACGACGAGCUUCAUGUCAGCAGACGAACGGAUCGUCUCCGUUUUUUAUUCAGUUCAAGCGGUUCAAGGUUUAUUAUAAAAUAAAAAUUGCUUCCUUUUAAAGAAAAAAGUUAAUGCACUGCAGUGGGAAGUCGAAAUUGUGAACAGUUGUCUACAGUUGUUUGUUUACGGUAACCCUUCCAUCUAAUUAGUUUGACAAUCAAGUCUUAGUGAAGUUCUUGCUAUUGGAGCUCUUGUUAUGUGCUAUUGCUAUCGAUAAUAUUCCAAUGAUUUUCUGCUUAUAUUAAUUUUCUAAUGCGUUGUAGUUUCGUAAGUGGUUGUGGGUAUAUAAAUGAGUCUAUUAACAUUCGGGUCUUCUUGACAGUUGAUUUCCUUUAAGUUGGAAUGUAUCAACCUGAUAUAUCCUGUCUUUUAUUCACUAUUAAUAUUAUUAUUAUUUUUGUUGCUUUUAUUCAGUUCAGUGUCCGUUCAA